CGCGCUGUCGCUUCGUGUUCCCACUGCUCUGAAGUUGUGCUGGAAGUUUAGCUCUCAGGUCUGUCUCAUGAACUCGGUCCAUUUGUGGAGUCUGAGAGAGAGAUGAGCGGACAGACGGUCCCCGCGGACUUCUCCGGACACAUGUUGGACCUGGACGAGGAUGAAGACCUGGAGGUUUUCAGUAAGAACACAUCGCUGGCCGACGGCAGCCCCAUGCCCAACUCCCCCAGCUCCAUGGUCAACCAGUACAGACUGGAGGAGGAUGAGGAGGAGCAGCAGGACGCCAACGCCAAAGACAUCUUCGUCACCGUUGACAACCCAGAGAGCCACGUCACUGCCAUCGAGACCUUCAUCAUGUACAGGGUCCUGACCAAGACCACGAGGAGUGAGUUCGACUCCAGUGAGUACGAGGUACGCCGGCGCUACCAGGACUUCCUGUGGCUCCGGAGCCGACUGGAGGAAAACCACCCGACGCUCAUCGUCCACCCGCUGCCGGAGAAGUUCGUGAUGAAGGGCAUGGUGGAGCGCUUCAACGACGACUUCAUCGAGACCAGGAGGAGAGCUCUGCACCGCUUCCUCAACAAGAUCUCCGAGCAUCCCAUCCUGUCCUGCAGCCAGCACUUCAGAGUCUUCCUCACUGCACAGGAGCUGACGUCCCACAAGAAGCAGGGUCCAGGUUUCCUGAGCAGGAUGGGAGAGACGGUGAGGGCCGUGGCCAACUCGGUACGAGGCCUGAGGAGCCGACCGGAGGAGUUCACCACGAUGCAGGAGUACGUGGAGGACUUCAGCAACAAGGUCUGCUCCGUGGACAAAGUCACCCAGAGGAUCAUCAAGGAGCAGAGAGAGUACCUGGACGAGAUGAGGCAGUACGGCCCCACCUACACCCAGUGGGCGGGGUCAGAGGAGGAGCUGGCAGAGCCGCUGAAGGGCGUGGCCGGCUGCGUGGAGCGGUGCAGUAAGGAAACAGAGGAGCAGAUCCACCAUCUGUCUGAGGACCUGGUCCCUGCCCUGCACGAGUACGUCCUCUGUGCUGAGACACUGAAGGCUGUGAUGAGACGCAGAGACAACAUCCAGGCCGAGUUCGAAGCCAAGAACGAGGCGCUGGCUUCCAGAAAAGUCGACCAAGAAGCACUGCAGGAGGAGGUGGACGCUCUGGCAGACCGGGUGGAGCUGGCGAACAACGCCCUGAAGGGAGACUGGUCCCGCUGGCAGAGCAGCAUGAGGACUGACCUCAGAUCAGCCUUUAUCUCCACUGCGGAGAAGAACGUGGAGUACUACGAGAAGUGCCUGGCGGUGUGGGAGUCCUUCCUCCUGUCUCAGAGGGCGGAGCCUAGUGAGCAGAGAGAUGGAGAAGAGGUCUGUUAAAGAGUGGAGGUCACACCGUCCGCCGUGUGUCCACCUCCAAAUACAGACUCAUACAAAACAUGCAUCAUGUACGAAACAAGCUCUGUCUCUCUCUCUGUCUCUCUCUCUCUCUCUCUCUCUCUGUCUGUCUGUCUCUCUCUCUCUCUCUGUCUCUCUCUCUCUCUCUCCCUGUCUCUCUCUCUCUCUCUUUCUCUCUCUCUCUCUCUCUCUCUCUCUCUCUCUCUCUGUCUGUCUCUCUCUCUCUCUCUCUCUCUCUCUCUCUCUCUCUCUUCCUGGCCAAAGAGGUUAAUUCCAGUGAUGGUUGGACAUCACACAAACCGACACUGUGAUCCAAGUGACCAAACAUACGAGUGUUUACACAACCUCCAUGUUCACGGCCAAAAGUUCCCGUUAGACUCCUGCUCCUCCUGCUCCUCCUCCUGCUCCUCCUCUCUUCUGCUGCUCCUCUGAAACACUUCCUCUGCUGUGGAUGGAGAACAGGAUGGUGGCACCAUCACUAAUGAUAGUCAGGUGACACGGAGCCGGUUCCAUCAGGGAGGAGUCUAACAGCUCCAGAGGAAAAUGACGUGUCUGGAUGUGAAACCACAGACUGAGCAGUAGGAGAUAAAGGUUUGAAGUGACAGCAGAUCUGAGGUCAGCUGUUGGUGUUUUAGCAGCAGAAGAAGCCGGUGUGAAUCUUUUUCUAGACCUUUUUGACCCAAGUUGACAUCUCUAACGUUCUCUCUCUAAACGCCUUUAAUUAGGACCAGCUAUUGAAACCAAUGAGGAGGAACCAUGUGACUGAGUGUAGUACAGCUUUGUAGACAUGACCACUACUUCUAACCAAACUACUUCCAUGGAGCUGAGUCAGGUGACGUUCAAAGCCUUAUGCAGUAUGAAACUGAUGAGUGGAUGUUUGGUUGUUUGUGCCGAUAGAGAUUUCCUGUUUACAUGUGACGACGACUCGGUGUCGCUGCGUUCGUCGGUUUUAUACUGAUUGUGUUUCUGACCUUUUCUCUCUCGCUCUCUUUUUGCUUUUAUCAUUAUUGAAUAUGUAAAAAAGAAAAAGUCUGAAUAAAAUUGUUUUGGAGAUGUUGCCAUAAUAAUAAUGAUGAUGAUGAUGAUGAUGAUAAUAAUAAAGACAGAUCUCACCCUGUAAAA